UGCGCCAAAGAUUAGCUGACUCAUGUGAUGACACGUCCUUUACUCAUUUGAAAUAGACGUAGCACAUGUUGCUUUCUCUAUAUAUAGUCUUACCUGAACCAACGACCCCUCCCAAGUUCAAUCUAUACUUCGUUGCUUAGUGCUAGUGAUCAUAGUCAUUAUCGAGUCUUGGUCUGAUGGACUAUUUUUCUACUACAAACCCUAGCUCUUCUGGGUCUACUUCAGUGCCAAAUAAGGGCAAAGAGAAGAAGAAAUGUGGCAAGAGAGGCAACAGUGGGGUGAAGCUGUCGACUGACCCCCAAAGUGUUGCUGCCAGGGAAAGAAGACACCGUAUCAGCGAUCGGUUCAAGAUCUUGCAGAGUCUGGUUCCUGGUGGGAGUAAGAUGGACACAGUAUCCAUGUUAGAGGAGGCCAUUAACUAUGUUAAGUUCUUGAAGACUCAGAUAUUGCUUCACCAAACUAUAAUGGAUUUUAUGGAUGACGACCCGUAUCUUUACCUCCCUGCUGCUGGUUCCUUUCCCUCUCAGCAACCUUCAUACUUGGACGCCAACUUUGCAGCUGGAGUGCAACCAGCAACUCCACUGCCGUUCCCUGACUCUUUCUUCCAGGGAGAUGAAGAGGUCCAGAAUCAUGAACCUUUCGAUCAAAACUAGUCUGCUUUUUCUUACUGUAUGUGUGGGGAUGGAUAGGAAUGCGUGUGUGGUGUUAUAAUGCUUAUUUUGUAUUGGCAAGUCAAGGUUGGCUGCAGUUGUAAUGGGGUUUAACAAUUUAUGAAUGUAUAAUUAAGAAAUUAAUUAA